AUGGCAACCACUAGACUAUUGCGCACGUUUAAGCCUAUGACUUUUCAUUCUUCUUCUUCUUCUUCUUCUUUGCCGCCGAAGACGCUGCGGUGUUCGAGCAAGGCUGGAAGCUUAAGCGGAGAGAAGAGACUUGGUGGGAAGAAUGAUAAUCACGAGAGAAAGCAAACGGUGGUUGUCGAGGCCUCAAUGGCCACUUCAGACACAAUGAGCAUCACUUUGAAGCCACAAGUGAAUCGGGGUAGGUUCGCAGAAUUGGUUUCCCUGCUUACAAAGACUAACCGUGCUUUGCUCAUUCUUUUGAGAACGGCCCUCAAGCCAAAACCUUCGAGACAGCAGGUCCAGAUGUUCAUUGAAAGGGGGAUAAUAGACUGUCGAUUCUUUACAUUACUUGCAGUUGCGGGAUCCUUACUUGGCUCAGUUUUGUGCUUUGUAGAGGGUUGUUUUAUGGUUCUAGAGUCAUAUUUCCAGUAUUUCCAUGCCUUGUCACACAAGACGGAUCAAGGACAUAUGGUGCAUCUACUUAUUGAAGCCAUUGACAUGUUCCUGGUAGGAACCGCCAUGCUUAUUUUCGGGGUUGGGUUGUACGCCAUGUUCGUGGGAUCAAAGGCCGUGAAAGAAAAAGGACCGCGGUUUUCAGAGUCGAACUUUUUUGGUAUCUUCUAUAUGAAGGCACCUCCAGCAUGGGUUGACAUGAAAUCGGUUUCGCAAGCAAAGUCGAAAAUAGGGCAUGCAGUGGUGAUGAUACUUCAAGUGGGAUUGUUGGACAAGUUCAAGAGUAUACCUCUGGUUACUCCACUGGAUCUCGCUUGCUUUGCUGGAGCUGUGCUUCUUUCCUCUGCUGGUAUCUUCAUCCUUGCCAGACUCUCCACCACCUCCGGGGCUGUUGCUGGUGUACAAAAUGGAACAUAG